AUGGAGGGUACUGAAGAGAAUCAUGAUUCAGGAGCCAUAGCCUUACCGGCGGCAGCGGCGGUGACAAGCCAGGAAGAAAAUCUCAGUGGGUCAACGGCAACACCACCAGGCCCACAACUGUUGGCAGGUCAGAUGGGUGUAGUGACACUUGGCACAGAUGGUUUCAAGAAAAAAAAGGGAAGACCAAGAAAGUACGGACCCGAUGGGAAACCUGCGGUGGCGCUGUCUCCGAUGCCACUUUCGGCAUCAAUUCCGAUCACCGGAGAUUGCUCCGGUUGGAAACCCAGUCGAGGGAAGUCCGUGAGUUCCAUCAAGAAAAAACAAAGAUUGGAUUUUGUCAAUCCAGGUGAACGGGUGGCAUACUUCGUUGGUGCCAAUUUUACUCCUCAUGUGAUCACAGUCAAUGUUGGAGAGGAUGUUAAUAUGAAGAUCAUAUCAUUUGCUCAACAAGGGUCUCGAGCUAUCUGUAUCCUUACUGCAAAUGGUGCAAUUUCUAAUGUUACCCUCCGUCAACCUAAUUCAUGUGGCGGAACUUUAACAUACGAGGGUCGGUUUGAGCUUCUUUCGUUAUCUGGAGCGUUCAUGCCUAAUGAGAGUGGAGGGGCAAAAGGUCGAUCUGGUGGGAUGAGUGUUUCUCUGGCAGGCCCCGAUGGACGUGUUUUGGGUGGAGGACUUGCUGGUAUGCUGGUGGCUGCUGGUCCUGUUCAGGUUGUAGUUGGCAGUUUUCUUCUUGGUUGCCAACAGGAGCAGCAGAAACACCAGAAAUCAAGAUUUGAACAAUUUGCAACCAUCUCUCCUCCUCCUCCUAUCUUCCCAGAAGCAACCACCAGGGCUAAUGGGGAUGAACCAGAUCUAAACUUUUCACCCACAAACUCCAUACAUGAGGCUACAAAUAUCGAUACCGAAAAGAAUGGAUCUUUGAACGGGUCAGAACCGAUAGAGCCCCACACAUCACAAUCUCAGCUUUCUUGCUGAUCGGUAUUUGAUCAUCAUAUACCAUAUAGUAUAUGUUACUGAUUUCUUUAUUAAUUGACUUGGAAAACUUUAUUACAUUGGUUUUUGAAGUAUUUUAGCCUCGGAUCGAUCUUGUUAGAGUAGGCUUACUUUGGUUGCUGCUGUUGUGAAAUGUUAGAUGUAUGAUAUAUCGGGUUUUGCCCAACAAAAUCCGGGAUCGUGAUCUGAUUGUUGUUAGGUUGUUUGUAUGCUACUAGUUAUCGGAGUUCGCAUGUAUGAUUUCGUCGA